AUGCCUCCACGGCCAGCGCUGAGUCUGGGUCGCCAAUGCGUCGUGGCGGCCCGCGACUCCAGCAACAAGAACCGCAUCGGCAUCGACAUCCCGACUCGCAUCCCGGCUCGCAUCUCGACCGCGCACCGGCACUUGGCCUUCUUCUCCUCCCGACCCCGCCGCCCGCCGCCGCCGCCGCCGUUCAGCACCGUCGAUACGUGUCCGGAGCCGACGUGCGGGUGUGCGGCCACGCCGGCCAUGCCCGAGGGCCUGCCGCUCGAUCGCGAGGGUCCCAUGAAGGGCGCCAUUGCUGGGUACGCGGAGCAGGUGCUCGUCUGUACGGGCCACAACCACUGGCCGUCGCGCAUUGAGGAGGAGAGCAGCGGGGAUAACCUGGCCGCGGACUUGAAGGAGCUGUUUGGCCGCGGCGGUACCUACAGCGAUCCCUUCCACAACAUCUCCGUUCUCAACGCAUCCUUCCCCAGCUCCCUCCCGCCCCGUCCCGAAGUCCAAUCUACCUCCGCCUACCUCCUACCGAGCUUCAAAUACGUGCCCUUCCUCCCGCGCGUCUCCUUCGACAGCGUCCAGGCGCUGGCCAAGGGCUUCCUUCUGCCCACGAAGCUGCACGGCGCCCACGACGGCCUCUCGCCCAUCCACCGCGACCGCCUCACGCGCAAGGACGCCUACCAGGGCCUGCUGCUCGCCGUGCAGGACGUGCGCGACGUCCUGGUGCUGAUCUGUGGCCACGCCGGCCGGGAUGCGCGCUGCGGCAUCAUGGCGCCGGUGCUGAAGGACGAGUUUGAGGAGAAGCUACGCAGAGAGGGGUUUGAUGUGCUACAUGGACCUGUGCAGAUUGGACUUGAUGAUGCGCCGCGGAUAGAUGGCGAGAGUGGCGAGGAGAGGACGGCGGCGAGGGUCGGGAUGAUCAGCCACAUCGGCGGGCACAAGUUUGCGGGCAACGUCAUCAUCUACUUGCCUCCCGGCUUGCAACUAGGAGACAAGGAGCAUCCGCUGGCGGGACAUGGCAUCUGGUACGGCCGGGUUGAGCCGAAGCACGUCGAGGGCAUCGUCAAGGAGACGGUCAUGAAGGGAAAUGUCGUGGCCGACAUGUUUCGGGGCGGCAUCGAUGCUCAGCGGAAGAUGCUGCGGAUAGUCGCAACAUGUCGAAAACUGUCAACCCCAUCACCAACUCGGCAACACUCCUCUCAACGGCCAAACCUCGACGCUCCAAAGCAAGCUCGGGCAUUCCCGCCCAUCAUCCUCCUCGGCCUUCUUCUUGUCGGCGGAACGGGCUACUACUUCUCCGCCGCUCCCUCACGCCCAGACACGCUCAACGACCGCUUCUUCGUGCCUUACACCGUCACCGCGCGCGAGGCUAUCUCGCCAACCUCGUUCGUCAUCACCAUUGUCCCGCACACGCCUAAUCCAGCUCAUCCUUACCUCGUCCCCUCUGAUUCAUCCGCGCCAACCCCUGGCCGUUGGCGCCAUCCCCUCUGGUCCGUCGAGUUCAAGCAGCCAGAAGUCCAGAUCUCGCGGCAUUACACGCCGCUCCCGCCCUUGAGUGGCGAGGACCCCGCUGACGGCGCCCUGCGCUUCUAUAUCCGUACCGUCGGUGAUGGCGAGAUGUCACACUACCUCGCACGCCGCCAGGUUGGCCAGGACGUACACCUGAGAGGCCCGCACAUCGGGUUUGAACUGACCGAGCGGCUGGGCGACAAGUCGCGUGUGGUUUUUCUCGCGGGCGGCACCGGUGUCGUUCCAGGGAUGCAGGCCGCCAAGGCAGUACUUGAAGCGAACCCAGACACCAGAGUCGACUUGCUCUGGGCUGUGCGGAAUAGGGUGGAAGUGCAGCGCGCUGCGCCGCCCCCAACAUCCUCCUGGAGGUUCUGGCAGGAGAAGAAGCAACCAUCAGAGCUGGGAAUUGAGAUACAAGACCCCAGUCCCGUUGCCCGACACCUCGGCGAUAUCAAAGCCAAGUACGGCGACCGGCUAAAGAUUCAAGUCGUCAUCGAUGAGGAGGGCACCAAGUUCCAGGACAAGAACAUCAAAAGCAUACUCACUACUGCCCCGUCCGUGGCGUCAUCCGCCGUUGUUCCCUCCAAAUCCGGGUGCAGGUUCCACGAUCAGAUGAUGCAUAUUGGAGCGACCGAAUUCGCUGCUCCCGAAGCCUCUGGCUGCAUUUGUCCGUCCUCUGAAGGCAGCGUGCCUGGCAAGAACCUUAUAAUUAUUUCGGGUCCGGACGGCUUCAUCGAGCACUACGCCGGCCAAAAGCUGUGGCUGACUGGACACCAGACGCAGGGCCCUGUGGAUGGAGUGAUCGGUCGGCUACAACGCCAGGAACCUCAACUGGCUCAGGACUGGCUGGUGCUCAAGAUGUAG